CACCGGACGGACGAUCGUCUCGACCCUCAAAAAAUCGGAGAAAAUGCUCGGGGGUUAACACUGAGCAGACGCACAACAACGGACAGGGGAAGGGGCGAGGGGUGGGAGGGAUGAUGUUUGAUAUGUGCCAAGUCUUCCUGAUGAUCACGAAAGCAUCUUUAAAUCUCAGAAUCACGUCAAUCUCCCGCCACGGGGAAUAAAUAAUGCGGAGGCGUGCGUCUAUAUGAUUCACAUUUUUGCUGUUGCCGACAGUUGGAUCGCGAUAUUGGGGACAUACAGGUGGAUUUUGAAAAAAAAAAAUUUUGGGAAUCAAACGAAUGUGCACGUGUACCACUGGUUUAUGUUUAUGAGAAUGUGAAUUUUUUGGGGAUAAUUAUAGAUGGACUCUGGUUACACUAGUUUUCGUGCGUUGAACCUGGCAUGUGAAGUUUAAUUUAAAUACGAAAGUUGAAGAAGAAAUUUGAAUUUUAGAAGAUAAUUAAAAUUGAGAAAAACGAGGAGUCUAUUAAAUUUGGAAAUUGAAGUGGGGAACGAGAUUUGAAAGGGGAAAAUAUAGAAAUUAAAUAGAAAAAUAUAGGACAAUUUAAUAAAUAAAAAGUUAAAUUAUUAUAGGGAAGUAAUUUGUUGUGUGAAUUGGGGAACUGGUUGAAGCUGUUGAUGAAUAAAAUCGAAGAAUAAAUACGGUAAAUUAAUUAGUGAGUGCCGGGGGGUUUUAACCGAAUUACAAAUUGUUUCGGAUAUUGGAGAAAAAUUUGUGAAAAUGUCGGCGGACGCGACGACCUCAGAUGAAGAAGGAUCGCAAGAGGAUUCAGGACAAUAUGAUAUUGAUGACUUAGAAAUGAUCAAGACGAUAGGCACUGGCACAUUCGGGCGAGUCGUGCUGUGCAGCCAUCAGGGCAGUCCCUUAGCACUGAAGGUCCUGUCUAUGGUGGACGUGAUACGACUUAAACAAGUGGAACACGUCAGGAAUGAAGUUUCCGUUCUCAAAGAAGUUAAUCAUCCUUUUAUAGUCAAUAUGCUUUGGAGUGGUAGAGACACAGCCAAUGUCUACAUGCUCCUGGAAUUUGUCGCCGGUGGUGAAUUAUUUUCCUACCUCCGAGCAGCUGGAAGAUUUUCAGUUCCAACUAGUUGUUUCUAUGCAUCGGAAAUUGUAUGUGCCCUGGAUUACCUGCACUCAAAGCACAUCGUCUAUCGUGAUUUGAAGCCCGAGAAUCUGUUAUUAGACAGUCAGGGUCACCUCAAAAUCACCGACUUCGGCUUCUCCAAGAAGCUCACAGACAGGACCUGGACAUUAUGUGGAACACCAGAAUACCUCGCUCCUGAGAUAAUCCAGAGUAAAGGUCACAACAAGGCCGUUGAUUGGUGGGCCCUUGGUGUCCUCAUCUAUGAAAUGCUGGCGGGAUAUCCUCCCUUCUUCGAUGACAAUCCCUUCGGAAUUUACGAGAAAAUUCUCGGGGGUAGGAUUGAGUGGCCGAAGCAUGUGGAUCCUGUUGCGAAGGAUCUCAUCAAGAAGUUAUUGGUAGCUGAUAGAACCAAACGACUUGGGAACAUGCGACAAGGGGCUGAAGACGUCAAGAGGCACCGUUGGUUCAAGCUCAUUGAUUGGACACUGGUACCUCAAAGAGCGUUAGCUCCACCAAUACGACCUAGAGUGAAGGCCCCAGGUGACGCAAGUUGCUUUGACGAUUACCCAGAGACAGAUUGGCGAUCCCAACCACCACUACCACCGGAUCAAUUAGCCCUGUUUCAGGACUUCUGACGAGCACUUCUACUUGAUUAGCCAUGUUGAAAUAAUGAUUAACCCCUGGGGGUUGUUAAUCCCCUAAAAAAUAUCAGGGACUCGCAUCUGAGGAUAGACUGGCUGUUGCCAAUAAUUCCACGAGUUUCGUCAAAUUUUUUUAUCAUUGUUUUUUUCUUUUUUGUAAAUAGACAAGUGUUGCGGAGCGUUGAGAGAUUAUUUAUUUGUUAGAUGAGUGAAAUACUGCGUUGAAGCUUUGUAAAUAAAUAUAACCACUGGGAAUCAGUGGUUUCGAUUGUUUAAAA